UUUUCAGUGGCUCUGCUGCUGCCACUGCUUUCAAAUCCUUACACAUUGCCACAUCUUUAUAUAUAUCAAUUCUUUAUUUGUAUAUAUUGCCUUUCCCUGACAUGAAAAAGUCUCUGACACUUGCAACACAAUAAACUACACAUAAAAUCUGUGCCUGCCCUUUUCUCUGCACACCUCGGGAUAUCAGUUUCAACUCCACUCAUCCCACGGGUUGGGUACCGAGUCCAUAUAUCGUUAAGUUCAAGGAAGGAACUUGGGCAUCAUGGGUCUUAAGGCAUUAGACUAUGAGACAAUGAAUGAAAACGUGAAGAAAGUUCAAUAUGCAGUUAGAGGUGAGUUGUAUCUUCGAGCUUCUGAGCUUCAGAAGGAAGGGAAGAAGAUUAUUUUCACAAAUGUUGGCAAUCCUCAAGCUCUUGGACAGAAGCCACUGACUUUCCCUCGUCAGGUGGUUGCUUUGUGCCAAGCCCCAUUUCUGCUAGAUGAUCCUAAUGUAGGACUUAUAUUUCCUGCUGAUGCCAUUGCAAGAGCAAAACAUUAUCUUUCAUUGACUUCUGGUGGUCUAGGUGCAUAUAGUGAUUCCAGAGGUAUUCCAGGCGUUAGGAAGGAGGUUGCUGAAUUCAUUGAGAGGCGUGAUGGGUAUCCUAGUGACCCAGAGCUCAUAUUUCUCACUGACGGUGCCAGCAAAGGUGUGAUGCAGAUCUUGAAUUGUAUUAUCCGUGGUCAAGGGGAUGGGGUUUUGGUUCCUGUUCCACAGUAUCCACUUUACUCAGCUACAAUAUCUCUCUUUGGCGGUUCACUUGUUCCUUACUACCUAGAAGAGACUGCAAACUGGGGGCUGGACGUAAACAAUCUUCGUGAAUCAGUUGCACAGGCUCGCUUCAAAGGAAUAACUGUGAGAGCAAUGGUAAUUAUUAACCCUGGGAACCCUACUGGUCAGUGUCUCAGUGAAGCUAAUUUAAGAGAAAUAUUGAAUUUUUGUUACCAAGAAAACUUGGUAUUACUUGGAGAUGAGGUUUACCAACAGAAUAUAUACCAGGACGAGCGCCCCUUUAUCAGUUCUAGAAAGGUGUUGAUGGAUAUGGGGCCACCAAUUAGCAAGGAUGUCCAGCUCGUUUCUUUCCACACUGUGUCUAAAGGAUAUUGGGGUGAAUGUGGGCAGCGAGGGGGAUACUUUGAGAUGACCAACAUUCCUCCAAAGACAGUUGACGAGAUAUACAAGAUUGCAUCAAUAUCCCUCAGUCCUAAUGUUCCCGCUCAGAUAUUUAUGGGAUUGAUGGUCAACCCACUCAAACCUGGAGAUGUUUCAUAUGAUCAAUUUGUUAGGGAAAGCAAAGGAAUCCUUGAAUCAUUGAGAAGAAGAGCAAGGAUAAUGACUGAUGGAUUUAACAGCUGCAAAAAUGUGGUUUGUAAUUUCACUGAAGGUAAAUCGUUGUUAUCAACAGGUCACUCAAAAGCUUUUGUUUUUUGUGAUUUCUUCUCAGCACUUCUUCUUGGCUAUCAUACAGGUGCCAUGUAUUCUUUUCCUCAAUUACGCUUACCACCAAAAGCUAUAGAAGCUGCCAAACAGGCAGGAAAAGUCCCAGAUGUUUUCUACUGUCUCAAGUUGUUGGAAGCAACAGGCAUCUCAACUGUCCCGGGCUCCGGAUUCGGACAAAAAGAAGGGGUUUUCCACUUGAGGACUACAAUUCUACCUGCUGAGGAAGACAUGCCUGAAAUCAUGUCGAGUUUCAAGAAAUUCAACGACGAGUUCAUGGCUCAAUAUGAAGAUAACUGGAAUCGUUCAAGGAUGUGAAGCAUGUUUAGAAGUCCUUAAUACUGUAUUUAUCUAUUAAUUAGCUAUGGCAAACCACUCUAUAAUACAUGUUGCAAAACUUUAUUCAUGUUCUCCUUGUCCUUGAGCUGUAAAACUUAAAUCCUGCUGAAGAUUUACCCCUGCUUCUCUCUUUCCUUUUUCUCUAAUGACAUCUCUCAUGGAAUCUCUACUACUGAA